CAUGAUGCUUCUUCCUGUCUAUAUUACGUUUUCGCGCGAGGUGAAAGAACUCUGGCUGGAAACCAUCCUCUGGCAAACAAGGGAAAUCAAAGGAGCAAAAAUCACAAAAGUUCCAUCAAUCAAAUUUCUGAUGAAGGUGCUAAGCAGCUGCAAUGCACCCAAAACCUUAAGUACAAGUGACAUGGAGACUUUGAUUUCAUACCAGUCAGAGGCUGACAUCAAGAAAUGCCACUUGAUGCCAUAUGAAAGUGAAGAUGGGCUAUAUCAUCUGAUUGAUAAUACUAAGAAAAGAAAGAAAGUAAUAUCUUGGCCAUUUAUGCCGAGGCGAGUCACCGCUGGGUCCCCAGAAGCUCUGGAACAUCUAGAAUCUGACCUGAAGCCCUCUUUGUUUGAUCAGCCAUUGUCAAUUGUCUGCAAUGAGGAAGAUAUGCUCACCAAACCAAUGCAGGAUAUCCUUACAAUUCUCUACAUGAAAGGACCUUUUACAGAAGGCAUAUUCCGGAAGGCUGCCAAUGAGAAGGCACGCAAGGAGCUGAAAGAAGAGCUAAACUCUGGAGGAAACGUGAUCUUGGAAAGUAAAUCCAUGCAUCUGUUAGCAGUGGUUUUUAAGGAUUUCCUCCGAAAUAUCCCCCAUAAACUGCUCUUGUCUGAACUCUAUGAUGAAUGGAUGGCAGCACUGGAGAAGACGACUAAUCAUGAAAGAAUUGAAGCAAUGAAAGAAGUUGCAGACAAACUACCCAGGCCAAACCUCCUUUUGCUCAAGUACUUGCUCUGUGUGCUUUACCACAUCAGCAAGAAAUCAGAAGUCAACAAAAUGGAUUCCAGCAACCUGGCCAUCUGUAUUGGGCCAAACAUACUGACUGCGGAUCAUGAUCAAAGCCUGCCACUUGAAGUCCAGAAAGAGCUGACUGACAAGGUAAAGACGCUGGUAGAAUUCCUCAUUGACAAUUGUUCCAAUAUAUUUGGGGAAGAAAUCUCUUCGUUAUUCAAUAUCUCUGCAGAUGACAAGCCAGAAAUGCUAUCUUCCAGCCAGAAACAUGAUUCUGCCUAUGAUAGCAUAGACCUUGAGGGAGAAUGCAAUUCUAGCAAUCUUCAGCUCAACCAUCUGCAACAAGCUGAGGGAACAACCCUCAGCAGGCUGGACUGUACAGAGGUACAUUCCCAUCAGCCACUAGAUCAGACCACUUCUGCCUCUUCACUGGCCCAUUUAAAAAAAGCCAUAAGCAAUCUGGACAGAAGGUUCUCUGAACCAGACAUGUUCUCCUCUCAGGGCUGCCAGGAAGACCGUAUGAGAAGCCAGAAGCUCACCAAGAGUGAGGAGAGCUUCAUUCAGAAGGAAGAACUGAGGCUGAAGUGCCAAGGGCUGAAAAAGGCAGGAUACUUCUCCCUUGCAGGCCCUUAUAGGAACAAAAAGCCACCACACCUAAAAGCUAGCCUACAAACAGAAUUGUCAAGCAGUUCCUUGCCCAGAACAUCCUCCAGUAGCUCACUAGACAGCUGCUCUUCAAUCUCUGAUGGUUCUGUCUUCACCAGCUCACCACUAGCAUCACCUUCCGUCUCCAAGAAAAAUGUCUCCACUUGGCCACAGUCCCUUUCCACCAAACUCCCAGAUGGAAGUGACAUCUCCAACAGAGAGCUCAAAAAACAUUCCAUGUCAUUUUCUGUGGUAAACUGCAAGAAGGUGCUAACUAAAACCCAAAGCUGCAAUGUAGGUGGCUUUCAAAGAGACAGUUUCAAGAAGGAUUCCAAGAGAGACAGACAUCUUUCAUGUCGUAUAGUUCAAGGCACCUGUGCUGAGAACUGCAACACAAUGUCAGUGGGCUGUCGGAAAUCUCGCUUCAUGUCAGCAGAUGAGGUGUUUCGACUUGUCGAUCAGAAGAAUCCUGGAAAGCCUCCAUCUUAUGAAGAGGCUACCAAAAACUGCUCUGCUGCUGGACUUCCUACAUAUGGUAGCUUAACAGUGCAAAAUAUGAGGUCAGUUGGGUCUCAUCCAGACUCUGAUGCAGCAUCUGAGCCUCGGCGUCCAAGGCUCAAUAGAGAUGUUCCAAACAAAGUAUAUAAGGACCUUUUUAAUGACAGGCUUUCUGUGAUCACUGAUUCUGAGGACAAGACACAAGCUGUGGACGUUGUUAUUGGAAUACAUACACGGGCUAACUUGCCUCUAACCCCUCAAGUCUAUCGUCUGAGGACCAUGUCUGGGUCUUAUCAAAAGAACAAACAAGAGUAUCUGAUGCGACGGUGCAGUCAGCCAGCCUUUGACCACAUUCCACGUGCAAAGGAAUCCUAUGUUUAAAUUAUCCGUCUCAUUUCAACAUGUAUGCUGUACAGGUGUCCUGAAUGCAAGACUUAGCCAAAGGCUAUUGCAAUUUAAAAUAAGCUCACUUUUUGUUAACCUUUCCUUAAAAGGUAGUUUUAGUGUCAUAUGGAAUGUGUAUCAUUCUACUACAAAUAUAGA